CCUUGUCUGCCUUUCCCCCACCUCUUCACUAGAAACAUUUUGAUCCAAAAUCACACGGAAACCCUACACAACUGGCGCAAAAACAAACCAAUACAACACUUAAGCAACGUAUCCAAAUGGAAUAACUAAGAACUGCACAGAAAGAUAACGAGGGAGAGCUUUGCAGUCACUCCUCUCAAAAUCAAAUAAACCCUAAACGUCUAUCUCUGCUGCACUGAAAAGCACCCACCUCAACUCAACCUGAGCCUACCGCCUGACUCACCUAAACCCAACCAGCCAGUAUGUUCCAGUGUCCGGGUAACCCAAUGUCCAGCGCUGCUGCCAGCCCCAUGCAGCAGCUGUCUCAGCCCCAGCCAGGGUACAGCAUCCCCUGUGCCUCGAGUCCCCUGCCCUCUGAGAGCGCCAGUCACCCUCUCCGGAGCUCAGCCCUGCCCUUGGGCUCAGCCACUCCCUUCAGCCCCACCUCCACAGUAUCUAACAUGGCAAACCCUAAAGAGAAGACCCCCAUGUGUCUGGUGAAUGAGUUAGCCCGUUUCAAUAAGAUCCAACCUGAGUAUAAGCUGCUCUGUGAGCAAGGACCAGCUCACUCCAAGAUCUUCUCAGUGCGAUUAUCACUAGGGGAUCAGCACUGGGAGGCAGAGGGGACCAGCAUAAAGAAGGCCCAGCACUCUGCAGCUGCCACAGCCUUGGCCCAGACCACAAUGCCCAAACCUAGCAUGAGGAACAAUACCCGCAACAACACAGACUGCAUGACGCAAACGGUGGAGCUGAAUUCCCUCUGUAUGAAGCUAGGGAUGAAGCCUAUGUACAAGCCCAUAGACCCUUACCCCGGGAUGAGACCACCCAGCUUCAACUACAACAUCAGGGCCCCGGGGCCUUACCAACGCUCCAUGCAACAGUACUACUACCCGUUUCCCCCGGUGGGGCCGGUGCUGUACCACAUGGAGCUGAACAUCGGGGGCCAGCAGUUCCACGGAAAGGGGCGUACGCGGCAGCUCGCCAAACACGACGCUGCCUCCAAGGCCCUGAAGACUCUGCAGAAGGAGCCCAUACUGCUGCAGCAGCUGCCUGAGAUGAAUGGAGAAGACACUGAAGAGAACCUCAAUAAAUCAGAAAUCAGCCAGGUGUUUGAGAUCGCACUGAAGAGGAACAUGCCUGUCAACUUUGAGGUUCUGAAGGAGGCAGGUCCUCCCCAUAUGAAGAGCUUCAUGGUGCGUGUGGCAGUGGGGGAGUUUUGUGGUGAGGGCGAGGGCAAGAGUAAGAAGAUCGCAAAGAAGCUGGCAGCUACAGCCGUGCUGGAGGAACUGAGGAGACUGCCCCAGCUGAUCCCCUGUGUGGAAAAGAUGCAGCCAGUACGCAUCAAGAAGAAGACCAAGUCCAUCAUUAAGCUGCAGACCAGUCCAGAAUAUGGGCAGGGCAUGAACCCCAUCAGCAGACUGGCUCAGAUCCAGCAGGCUAAGAAAGAGAAGGAACCAGAGUACAACAUGCUGACAGAGAGGGGGCUGCCCAGACGCAGGGAGUUUGUUAUGCAGGUGAUGGUGUGUGGUCAGUGUGCGGAGGGCUUGGGCCCCAGUAAGAAGGUAGCGAAGAAGAACGCAGCAGAGAAGAUGCUGGAGCUUCUAGGUUUCAAAGUUCCCCAGCCCCACAAACCUGCGCUCAAAACGGACGAAAAGGUUCCACUGAAGAAAAAUGGAGACGGGAGGAAAGUGACCUUCUUUGAGCCAGGCUCUGUGGAGGAGAGCCAGUCGCUGGGUUCCAAGGAGGAGGACUACCGCCUGCCCUUCCUCAGCCACCAGCAGCUCCCAGCAGGCAUCCUGCUCAUGGUGCCCGAGGUGGCCCAGGCUGUAGGGGCCAGCCCUAGUCAGGGGCACCAGAACAAGGACUACGGUCCCCGGGCCAACCCUGCCAAGGCCACCCUGACGGCCAUCAUUGCCAAUGAGCUGCUGUACGCUGGUGCCUCCCUGACCGCCGAGACCAUUCUGAAGAGCCAGAACAGUGUGGGCCAUCUAGUACCCCAUGGACCCCUGACAAGACCCUCUGAACUGCUCAGCUACCUGGCCAACGUACAGGGACUGCAGGUGGAAUACAAAGACUUCCCCAAAAACAACAAGAAUGAAUUUGUAUCGCUGAUCAACUGCUCCUCCCAGCCCCCCCUCAUCAGCCACGGCAUUGGCAAGGACGUGGAGUCCUGUCACGACAUGGCUGCCUUGAAUAUCCUGAAGAUUCUGUCAGAGCUGGACCAGCACCAGCAGCAGACCAAUGACAGGACAGCGAAUGCACCACUCUCUGGGUGUGGUAAACAGGACAUGGAGGGCAGUGACUCUCUCCUCAUCAAACAGGCUAACUCAAGCACCUUGGGACAACAGACUCUGGAUGGCACUGUGUAGACAGACGCACACCAUUGGUUGUUUGAAAGAAGCACUAAAAGAAAACUAACACUGUUCUGAUAGGCUGUUUUAGAUUUCUACAGGAAGCUGAGGGCAACCAUCACUAGUGUUCAUAUUGUAUUAAAUGUUCCAAAAUGUUCAGUUAAACAAGAUUGAUAGAAUAAAAAUUACAUUUAUUUUCUCCUUGAUUUUGUUUAAUUGUGCACAUUCAUUCUUUUUUUGUUGCUUUAUAGAAGAAAAAUGCUGCAUCAUAUCCAAAUAUAUAUAUAUAUGUUGAGAUAAGAUGGAAUAAUGUUAAUAUGAUAACUGUGAAAAUCAGCGUUUGAAAAGAAGCGUUUUGUCUAUUUUUCCCUUUUUUUCUGUUAAUGAGAUCUUUCUCUUAUUUUUAAAUGUUGUUUUAUUCUUCAUUGACCCUGGAAUUAUUGGGGGGUUGUUAGCAGACCUGGGUUAAAAAACGAAUUAAAUCUUUCAAAUACUUGGAGAGUUUGCUUUAUGAGUGCCAGAUGGGCGGAGUUUGCCGUUUUGCCUCUAUUCCAUUGCUCCAGGCAAGCUCAAUCAAGCCCAGCUAAAGUAUUUAAAAUGAUUUAAAAUAGCUUUUUAACCCAGGUCUGGUUGUUACAAUAGCGUUUACUUGUGAAGUAUGGGACCCCAUAGAAGGAUAGGAUGCAACUAGCGAGCCACUGUUGGUUUUCCUAGAGUGCUAUAUAACAACAACCACCGCUGCGAAGGUUUUGUGACUAAGUAUAGCGUGUGUGAUGUCCUGUGGUUUUGUCUGUCCCCACUGUCAGAGGUGUCGGGGCAGUAUAAGUCUGUUGCGUACGGUCCUAGCACGAUAUCCCCCCUCUCUCCCCUUGUUGUCCCUCCCUCAGUGUCAAACCACCUCUCUGCUCCCCAUGAAAUGUAAGUAAAACUUGUAUGCUAUCACGCACAAAACA